CUAAAUUGUACAUUUUCUUCGACAUCAAUACAGAUAAAUUACGGCUGAAAGUAAAUAAAAACCUAUGAGAGAUCAUAGCCACGCCGAUUCAGCUGUUUUGGGUUUUUUAUACAGCUCCCGGGGGUUCACUUUUGGUAAAAACCAAGCUGAUAAGGGAGAAUAUGAUGUCACGGCAGUCGAAGUGGAAAUAUUUAAUCAAGAGGCAUUCCAGCCGCAGCCUCAGUGUUAAUUGAACUCUCAGCUGAGAAACAAAACCUCCGGAUUAUAUAGCUUUCAAAAUGAUAUACUUCCAAUUCAGUUGGCUUCUAGUGGUUCUACUCUUCAUUUCAUCGCAAAAUGCCUGCGCAGCUCGAAAACGAAAGGGAAAACCGAAAUUUUCGCUUCCCAAAAUCAACAUAAAUAUCCACCAUAACAAUAUUCACAUCGGCUAAAAGUGGGUUCACUUAUUUACAUCUUAGAGUAGUUGCUGUUGCAUAAUAUUAUAUUAUUGUAGUUAUAUGUUUCGCCAUUAUAUGGUUGCUUUAAAAGUUUACUUAUAGAACGUACUCGAAUUAUAUUUAAAAUUAAUUCAUUUCCAUACAUACUCAUGUUGUUUGAGAUAAGAACGAUUUGAGAUUCCUUAGUCUAUGUUAUAAAUAAAAACGAUUUCAAACAUGUCUCAUUUC